GUCGCCACCGGCGGCCGGGGAGCGCGGCGGGGGUGCGGGAGGUUCCCCGGCCGUGUGGGUGCCGCCGGGAGCGGCUGGACGCGGAGGUCAGGCCGCGGGGAGACGCAGGCUGAUGUGCCGGCGGAGGGGCUGAACCGAGCCAGAGCUUGUCACACCAGCUUGAAUUACUUAAUUUAUUAUUUUUAAAGAAGAGUAGAAGCAUAUUGUGUCGAAUUGUUUAGCCCGCCAUUCCCCAAACUUCUAAAAGUGCAAAGGAAAAAGAUGUAAUUCACACACAAAGUGCAGUUUGGCUGGAGCCCACCACAGGAGCGUGUUCUUCACUAACUGCGGACCUCAGCCAAGUGAGCGAUAGUGAAUACUCUGUUACUACAAUUUUGAGGCCAGUACUACUAUAAGUGUUUCAGGUCACCUUAGUGAGAAAGCCAUUAAACUCGGCUUCCCUUUGCCAGAAGCACUUUCAGUUUUCUUACGGGCCUAAUGGAAGAUGUUUACCUCUUGACUCCUUUGAAGGUGAGGGAGAUUUGUACAUAUCCUCCCUGCAGCCUACAGGGGUUUCUACCUUGGUGAAAGUAUACUGGACAAGUGUUGAACUUGAAAGCUGCUUUUAGGAUGUCUGAAGAUGAUGAAAAAGUUAAACUCCGUCGAAUUGAACCUGCCAUUCAGAAAUUCAUUAAAGUGGCAAUCCCAACAGAUUUGGAAAGGCUAAGGAAACACCAAAUAAAUAUUGAGAAGUAUCAGAGAUGCAGACUCUGGGACAGAUUGCACGAAGAGCACAUUAAUGCAGGACGAACAGUUCAGCAACUCCGUGCCAAUAUGAGAGAGAUGGAGAAACUCUGUUUGCGAGUCCGACAGGAGGACAUCCCAGUUCUGCAGAGAAUGAUAAAUCCCAUUAAAGAGGAAGCUUCAUUUGCCAUAAAAGACUUCCUGCAGCUCCAUUCUGAAUCUGCAGAAGAACUUAAAAGACAACUUGGACAAGAGGAUGCCUCUUUAACCAGAUCUGCAACUGUAGGAGGAGAAACUUUACAUAGUGCUGAAGUGAAGGAUGGCUCCCAAAGUUUAAUCCAGAUCUACUCCCGUCUUCCCGAAAUACCUCACGAAGAAAAUGCAGCUGAGUCCUGGGAAACUUUAGAAGAGGACUUGAUUCACCUUAGUCAGUUGGUGGCUGACUUUUCUCUCUUAGUCAGUUCUCAGCAGGAGAAGAUUGACAGGAUUGAAGACCAUGUCAACAGUGCUGCUGUGAAUGUUGAAGAGGGAACCAAAAACCUGGGGAAGGCUGCAAAAUACAAGCUGGCAGCUCUGCCUGUGGCAGGUGCAGUCAUUGGUGGAGUGGUGGGGGGUCCUAUUGGUCUCCUUGCAGGCUUCAAAGUGGCAGGAAUUGCAGCUGCACUUGGUGGUGGGAUUUUGGGUUUCACAGGUGGAAAAUUGAUACAGAGAAAGAAAAAAAAAAUGAUUGAGCAGGCCUCUUCCAGCUGUCCAGAGCUUUCUCACCAAAGUGCCAAAAAAUCCAGCUGAAGUACAGAUUCAUUAUGACUGAGAAUGAAAGUGUAGUGGCUGCGCUAAUGACAGACUUGCAGCCUUACGCUUUAAAUCUAAGGCUGAGUUGGGUGAAUUUUGACAACAGUACUGUUACUUGGGAGGGUGAAACAGUAAUGUCAGGAUUUCUCUUUUUAGAUGUGGUGACAUGAGUCCUUUGAAAAUUAUAUGGAUAACUUAAUUACAGAAUUCUUAGGUGAGUGAUAUGCACAGCUGUAACAAUGAGUGACAGGUUCUUAAUGCUAAAUUUGCACAAAGCGUCUUGCAGACAAUACAAAGAGAAAUAUUUGGAAAACCCCAGUGCUUUCCCAUGAACACCAUCCAGAAGCUGGAGCUUUUAUUAUAGUGCUCCAAAGAAAAGGAAAUAAGCUCCAUCUUUCCAUCAUGGUCAUAGUACUUUAAAUAUACUUUCAUUUAUCUGGAUUUCCAAACUCCUCCUGUGUAUAACCCCUGGGGUAUGACUGACUGUGCCUGGUCACUAAUGCACAGGGAAGCAUUGGCUGCCAUAAGAAAAGGUGAAAAUGUUGGGUGAGCUAUGUAGGAAAAAACCCUCAUGUAUAGCCCACAUUUGCCUCGAUCUGGCAAAUCAGAGCAGCAUCAUCAUCAUCUUUCCCCCUUUUUUGGGUACUUUUUUUUUUAAAUUUGUAAACUCAUCUUGUUCAAAGUGUAUUUAAGAACUAAGCAGUCUAAGCAGCAGCCCUGCAGGACUGCUACUGGAGAAUAAUUUUCCACGGCCGUUCAACUCCUUGGCUUGUCCUGAAAACACCAUCCAGGAUAAAGUAUCAAGCUCUGGCAUUCCGAGCUUGAGGCCUCCAGCUGACUUAAGCAGCACUUACUGCUAGACGUUGCCCUUGCUUCUCAUCUCCUGCCACCAGCAGAGCUCUGGUGGGAGAGCUAAAUGUGCUGGAACACUGUGCUGCAGCCAGGCCCACUCCCUCAAUAGUCAUCCUUAUCCUUCAAGGGUGGCAUCAGGCACCAGAUCGAAGGAUGGUGAAGCAGCGAGGCCCUUUAAAUGGUGCCAGCAUCAGAUGACAACCCCAGAUGAUGGGACUGUUUUGAAAACAUCAACCUGAUACUGUUUACAAGUAGUAAACUGUGCUUGUUUGGGUCAGCUGAGCACCUCCUGCGUGCUGUUCAGUUCUGAAACGCCUGCUUCCACUCGCACUGUAGAGCAGCUUCUCAGCCUUUUCAAGAUUUUGGGACAUGCUGUGGAGCCUGUAUGGGGUGAGAUGCUGUUAGUGCUUUUGCUGGCUUUUUAUUGCUGAUGCCUGUUAUUCUUACUAUCCUUCUAUUGCUGCUUAAGAAGCCUUGCGCUUCUGAAACCUCCAUUGUUAAAUAUGGAUGUGCUAAUGUGUUUUUAUUGUCACAUAAUUGUACUAUUGUCAUGUCAUGUACUGUUCAGCACAUGGUCCUACCUCCAUCCUUCCAGGACAGUUCCCACACUACUGCUGCUACUGUUUGGGGGAGCAGAAAUUGAGGUUGGGAAGCCACUUUUUAAGUUUUUUAGAUUGUUCAAUUCAUGGUGAGCUCUGCUUGAGUCUAGUUUUAUUAGGUGAACGCUGAAGUCGGUGUUCAGUGAUAAGGCUCCCUAGCAGAGAGCACUGUAUAAGGAAGCACACUGGGGAAAGAGCUCCCUUUUCCUAACCAGUACUUUGAUACCAUCAUUGGAAAUAGCUGUCUACUAAUGACAGAUGACAGGGUUUUGUGCCUGGAGACACUGUAAGCAACUGUUAGUUACAGCACAAAUGUCUUUUUCUAAACAGUUCUUUCUCGUUAAUUUUAAUAUAUGAUUGAAAUUGCUUUCAGUUAGAGCACUGUGUCUAUUUUAAGUAGGUCUGAGGCUCAGGGAAGCAACAUGUGCAAGAAUAGUUUUCACAAAUAAUUGCGAACAUUGUCAAAACUGCAUGGGUUAAAGCCACAGUGACUACAUCUGUAAAAUCAGCUGGAGAGAAAAACAUGACCCAAGUAGUUUGGCUCAUUUGCUCCUGUCAGGAAAAAAGCGUUUUUCUUUAAAUACAUCUACUUUGGAUGUAAACACAUUUAGUGAGCUUGUAACAACUCCAUACUAAGGCUGUUUCUUCCUUUGAUGUGUAAUUUUUGCAUUUAAAGGAAGAAACUAAGGAGAAAAAGUGUUCUUAAUCAGAAACUCUGGUUGAUUCAUUGUAUGAUUUAAAAAAGCUAUGUCUGCUUUCCUACUGUAUGCUCUGAAUCCUUGUGCAUUUAUUUAAAUGACAGCAGCCACAUCAGAGACAUUGUGGACUCCACCCUCUCCCCCCCAAGCUGGAUUAAUGCCAGGACAAUCUAAAUUCAUAAAACUGAAUUCCUGCCAUAGCUUAUACUAACUCAGCUUGGUAUGCACUCAAUUUUAUGAAAUAUAUAGCACAAAACCUGUUCUUCCUCCUUGCAUCUUUAAGGAAGCAACUUCAAAACAUUGUGUACACACUUAACUUGGGAGACUAUUAUUUAAACUGAUUUUUAAAAAAUAGGUGGGUUAUUUACAUAUCUGAAGAAAGAUGGGCAUCUGAGUAACCAAACUAGCAUUUAAAUUGCUAGGCAUGUUAGUCAGAAGAAAUGUAAGAUAUAAAUAAUUCUUUCAGACCAAAUAAAAGUUUUUGCCUAUGAAACUGGUUGUAGUAUUUAUUGAGGAUGUUGGGGUUUAUUUUCUUUCAGCAUCUAACAAAUUACCUCAUCAAAAAUUUUACAUUUUUAAAAUAAUUGCUUUACCAAGAUUUAAGAAUCCUGCAUUGAGUUACCAAACACAUGCUUCAGAUGUUGAAAUAUUUACAUUGACUGAAAUUAACACAAGUUUGUAAAAACACUGCAUGCAUCCAGUAACUCAUACACAUAGGCCUGCUCUGAAUGGGCUCCCUAAGUUCAAUGAAAGAGAGUUUGGAAGGGUUUUGUUCCAUUAUGGGGAUAACACUAAUACCAUCUGACAGCUUCCCAGGAAGGCCUCACAAAGUGCUGAAGGGAGCAGUUAGCUGGGCACCAAACGGCCAGAACCACUGCUGUAGGUGGUCAGAGCUGAAGGGCUCCAUUUGAAACACAUCUCACAUUUUGUCCAGCACUUGCUUUCUCUAGGUAAAUUCUCUGUAUCAUCAGAUAGAUAUCAAAAGGCUCAAGUGCUACUCAACAUUACGUUAGGCAAGCAUACCUCGACUGUGGCUGUUCAGCCUGCUUGCAAAUAGAAAAAAUCACUUGAAAGUUGGUACAGCCAGGUCAGUGGUCAUCAAGAACCUGGGAAAAUUGGGUCCAACGCCAGUGAAUACACAGUGGAAUGACUGGAGUGUGUAACCGUCAUAAAACUGUUACAUCUCAUUGUGCUGGGAUGCCAAAGCUCUGUGAAUAAGUCCUUACUCAGAAAGCAAACUUGGACUAAGGAAUGGUGGAAGGGGUUCCUCUCUCCCUUUCUAGCUGAGGUGGAGUUAAUUUUCCCUGUAGCAGCAAUCACAGUGCUGUGCUUUGCAGUGGUAGCUAGAAAGGCAUCAAUAACACACCAGUGUUUGGCUGCUGCUGACCAGCAGCAGCGCUCGCACAGCAUCGAGGCUGUCUCAAUUGAAAAUUCUGCCCCCCAACCACUGGGCUGGGGGUGGGCAAGAUCUUGGGCUGGGACACAGCCAGGACAGUUGACCCAAACUGACCAAAUGGAUAUUCUGUACCAUAUGAUGUCUGCUCAGUGAUAAAAGCUAAGAGGGGGGGGCAUUUGUUAUUACAACAUUUGUCUUCUGGACCAACCACUACAUGUACUAAAGUCCUGCUUCCCAGGAAGUGGCUGGACAUUGCCUACUGAUGGGAAGUAGAGGGCAAAUCUUGUUUUCCUUUGCUGUAUUAAUCUGCCUUUAUUUUGACCCAUGAGGUUUUUUUCCUAUCUUACUUUCUCCCCACCCUGCUGAGAAGGGGAGUGAUAGAGCAGCUUGGUGGGCACCUGGUGUCCAGCCAAGGUCAACCCAACACAACCAGCCAUGGGACUAUGAGGAAUACGAUGAGGUAGCAUCUCUCUCCAGAAAGAGAAGGCUGGACAUCUACAAACCAGGUAUAUUUAUAAACAAGAAGCCCAAGAAAAAACAAGCAAGAUGAGUGAUGAGUACUUAUAGUCACGAUGUAGGAAUUAACUAAAAUUUCAGGUGCCCAAACAACUCCAGAAGUUCUGUAGCACCACCUACAGAUAACAAGUGGCAGUCUUAAAUUCCAGCUGGAAGGUGGUUUGACUCAGCUGCCAAAAAUGCUUUAUUUGGCAUGAGAUGGAGAAUGGGACAGGAGAAGACCUGGCUUUUAAGAACUUAAUGUGCACUCCAAAAUGCAGAUUCACAAAACUGACAAAAAAUUAUGCCUGUAAACAAAAUCUUGCAAUGCUCUUUUAGCGAGCAAUUCUGCAUCUGCUCAGUUGGCUGUAGCUUAGUGGUGGCUGGUACUAGCAACUGUCUCCUCAGAAUCACCCCCGACAAAGCUCAUGUGCCUGUUGCUGCAGGGGCUUGAGGGAGCAGGCUCUCCUGGGAUCAACUUUUUGCACAGGACCAUGUCAGUCUCCUGCCAAGAACUGAGAAGGUGGCAUCUAGCUGAGACGCAAAAGGCAUCCUGAGCUGAGAACUGCAGCACUUGGGGCACUCCCUGAAAUAAACGUGAACCCAAAGAACAAGCUUGCUUCUAAGGACACUAAACUUCAGUGACCCCAAGUCAUGAAUCUAGAGUCUUUGCAAUAAGUGUACUGUACAAAUGCUACGCUAAUUCAUCUCCAGCAAUACACCCCAAAUUAACAAAUAUUUUUCCAUCUUACAGUUUCUAUAUGUUCAUCUCGCCAAACAGCCUAAAGAGUCAUUGAGAAAAGCCCAUAUUCUGAUAUUAUGGAGGACAGAAAAGCCCACAAGGAAAGUAGUAAUUCCUCCUUCAGAGCAGAAUUCAAAAAAUAUGCAAUAAAUAAGGCACAAGCCAGACAAAAAGCAUAACAGAAAAUUUGCAAUGGUUGUUCAGAAGUAAAUGUCUGCCAGGAAGACAGGGACUCAAGAAAAAAAAAAGAGAAAAAAAGACUAAUCAUAUCACAUACAUCCAUAGAUUAAUUUAAGACUGUCAAAAAUAAGAUGGCAGCCCACCCCAUGUCUUCUCCUACUUUGAAGUGUUUCCAACAUUCAUACUCUUUUAAUACAACUGUGUGGAUAAUAUAACAAUCUUAAUAAUUCCAGGAAAUCAGAGCAGGUCAAAGUACAGCCAUUAUCAUUAAAACUUUUCCUUUCCUUGCUUGUUAUUUUAAUAGUCAGAAUUGUUUAAUCACUUAGACAUUUACACCCAGUAAAGCACCACACGAGAUUCUGUAAAACUUUAAUUUAUUCCCCUCCCACGUAUCCAGAAUAGAAGACCGUCUUAAGUUGAAGAAAAAUGUGACAAAGAAAUAAGAUUACCAGGAUAGCUGUUCACAUGAAGAAGAAGAAAAAGCACAUACUACCAAGGUUACACAGAAAACAACCCAAAAGUCCUAUUUAAUGGGAUAGUGCAAGUUAACAGCAUGUCUCUGGCAAGGAUACCUUCAUUUGGAUUAUAAAAGUUUUACAGAACAGAGUUAGAUCAAGAGUCUGGAUGGGUCUCUGGUAUUUUACUAUAGUAUUAGGAACGUACUGUUUGAAAGAUGCUGUACAGAAUGACCCACCAAACAAAUGUAUUUACAAGCCUGGGGAGAAAAAAAAAA